UCCAAAAAAGAAAAAACGAAAAAAAAAAAAAAAAAACCCCAAAAAACCGUUUCUUUAUUGCUGAGGAAAUGUGCGUAAAAAUAAAUCUAAAAAUCUGGAGUGAGACUUUUUGCUGCUGAUCUGGAACCAAAAGACAGAUUUUCCAGAGUUAGAGCCAUCUUUAAAUCCUUUAUUAUUACAAAAGACAAAAAAAAAAAAAACAAAAAAAACAUCACAGACUCUUCAUAAAGUGCGAAAAUGCUGUUGCUCAGACUACUGGCUGUAUUUCUCGUCCUUAUCACUAACACUUGGCUGCUAAACCCGGUUCGCUCCGACGCACUGAGCCGGUACAAACGCGCCAUGGCACGGCGGGCGGACCGUGAGUUCUCAAGGAUAACAGGUGAACCCUGCACCGUCUCUGUCGUCUGGAGGUCCCGACGACAGCCCCGCUCCCUCUCCCUCUCCUCUUCCCAACACCGCCCUCCAGUGGCUCGGCCGAGGACGCACACGAGCCGGAGAAAGAGCGCUCCUGCUCCUGUUUGUGCGGGAGGGUGCGCCGGGUUUGACACCGGGGUGUACCGGGUGGUGGAGGAGAAGGGAGGCUGGAGCGAACCGGAGGAUGUGGUCACCGGAGUUGGAGACGGACAGUUCAGGAAAGACGCAAAUGACGCCAAUGUGCGCACCGUCCAGCCGCAGCAGGCCGGGGUGUCCGUGCGUAAAAGCCGCAGGCAGAGCGCACCCAGCUCCAGCUCCAGCUCCAGGUUCACCCGCAGCCUGGACGGGAAGUUCCCCUACGAGGAGGAGGUGAACUCCAGCUGGGAGAAAGUUUUCACCGACAGUUCCCGGGAUCUCCAGGUUCUGUACAGGCUGCAAAAGGAGGAUGGAGACCCCCAGACCUCCACAGGGAGCCCGGACGACGACAACUACUCCGGAGAAGAAGAAGAAGAUGAAGAUGAGGAGGUGGAUCAGCCAGCGAGCCAGGCCGUCAGCAGCUCCUCGUCCUGGGGAAGCCCGGUGCCCAGGGUGCCCCCCUCCUGGAUGAGCGCCCUGUACUUCAGCGGACGGAGGGAGCAGCUGAAGCUCAAAUCUGCCGCAGGAGUGGAGCUGCCGAGGGCCAAGUUCAGCCUGGAGCUGUGGGUGAAGCCGGAAGGAGGCCAGAGCAACCCUGCGGUCAUAGCAGGUGUGUUCGACAACUGUUCCCAUUCCCUGAGCGAGAAGGGCUGGUCGGUAGGAAUUCGCACUCUGGAACCUGCCAGCGCCAAAGAUGCACGGUUCUACUUCACGCUUCGCACAGACCGAGCGGUCAAAUCCACCACUGUGUACAGUCACCAGCGGUACCGGGCCAACGCCUGGACCCACCUGAUGGCCACUUACAACGGCCACAACAUGACCCUGUAUGUGGACGGAGCUAAGGUUGGUGAGAGUAACUUCCAGUCUGGGAACCUCUACAGCCCCUUCAUGAAGACCUGCAGGACCCUCUUCCUCGGCAGCAACCAAUCAGAGCAGGGCCAAAGCUUCAGGGGCCACAUAGGAGGCGUGGUCUUGUGGGAAUACGCCCGCACGCAUGAGGACCUGAUGGAGCGACCACUACAGAUCGAUAGGAGCGAGCCGGUGUUGGCGCUGUGGGCUGACUUCACUGACGUGGAACAGCUGUGGACUCCACAUAAAGUUGGCCUCCAUCCGGCUGUCAUCACCACUCCCGUCCCUGAACAAGAGCUCGUCUCUUCGUUCAUACCUCCACCCUGCGGCCUGACACCCUGCGACAACACCGACAUCAUCUUAGGCUACAACAACAACUGGCAGCUUCGGAACACCAAGCGAGUGCGCUACAGGAUCGUCAACCUGUCUAACGACGACGGGGGGGACCCCACCGUGUCGCGGGCCCAGAUCGAGCUCCAGCACCGGGCCCUGACCGAGGCCUUUCGACCCUACAACAUCACCCUGGAGCUGAAUGUGCACACGGUCCGAAACUCCAGCCUCAGACAGCGGUUCAUCCUCAGUAACUGUCGAAUUCAGAAGAUCGGGAACCGACAGUGUGACCCGGAGUGCGACCACCCGAGGACGGGUCACGAUGGAGGGGACUGUCUGCGACUGGGGCCCUGCUACAACUGGAAAAGACAAGACGGAGUGUGUAACAUGGAGUGCAACAGUAUAUAUUAUGACUACGAUGACGGAGACUGCUGCGACCCGGAAGCCACCGACGUCCUGAAGACUUGCUUCGAUCCAGAGUCACCUGACAGAGCCUACAUGAGUGUAAAGGAGCUGAAGGAGGAGCUGCGCCUCAGCGGAUCCGACACACUCAGCGUUUUCUUCGCCAACAACUCGGUGCGUGAAGAGCUGGCAGGAGCCGCCACGUGGCCGUGGGCGAAGGAGGCUCUGACCCAUCAGGGUGGGAUGGUGCUAAACCCCUCCUACUUUGGUACGAUCGGUCACCACAACACCAUGAUCCACGAGAUGGGCCACAUCUUUGGACUGUACCACGUCUUCAAGGGGGUCAGUGAACGCGACUCCUGUGAUGACCCAUGUCAGGAGACCACCCCGUCCAUGGAGACAGGAGAUCUGUGUGCCGAUACCGCCCCGACACCCAAGUCCAAAGCCUGCCACGACCCCGGAGCUGUCAACGAUACAUGUGGAGUCAUUACGUACCAAGACACACCUUAUAACAACUACAUGAGCUACACAGAUGACAACUGCACCAACCAUUUCACCCCAAACCAAGUGGCUCGGAUGCACUGCUAUCUGGACUUGGUUUACCAAAACUGGCUGACGGAUCAUCAUCCCUCCCCAAUCCCGAUGGCUCCCAUAGUAACGGACCAGAGCCUGAACUCUGUCUCUGUCUACUGGUUACCGCCUGUGAGGGGGGGGCUCUAUCGAAGCUCCUCAUUCCGUGUUUCCGGUGUGAACUGUGGAGACUGUGAGAAAGAUGGCGUCUUCCACCAAUACGCCUACGAGGCUACGUCACCUCGCAUCUGCGACACAUCAGGAUACUGGACCCCUGAAGAGGCAGUUGGACCCCCUGACGUGGAGCAGCCCUGUGAGCCCAGCCUCCAGGCCUGGAGUCCUGAGCUCAGCCUGUACGACACCAACGUGACGUCGCCGUGUCCCGACACCGAGGGCUGCACCCUGACGCUGAGGUUCCUCCACCCCAUCGUCCCCAACGCCCUCACCCUCUGGGUCACAUACAUUUCUACAAACAACCCAGCUAUUUCCAAUAUAGAGCUGAUUACAGACAAAGGGAAAAUCAUCAAUCUUGGACCUCAGCACAUCUUCUGCGACAUGCCCCUCACUCUGAGCCUGGACACCAACAGCGCCCCCAUCGCCGCCAUAAAACUCUGCACCUUUGACGAGAAGAUGGAGAUCGACGCGGCCAUGUUGUCGUCGGGCCCCGGCAGCCCCCGGUGCUCUGGCUGCCAGCCUCUGCUCUACAGGAUCCACCGGCAGCCCCCAUUCACCGGCAAGAACCCCCCAGCCCAGACCCAGCAGACCUUCACCGACAGCUCUGUAAAACAGGGAGUCACGUACAAAUACACAGUUCAGGUGGAGGCAGAGAGUCGGCUCAGCGACCAUUCUCCACCUCUGCUCUACACCCACGGACAGUCGUACUGCGGGGACGGCAUCGUACAACAGCCAGAGGAGUGUGAUGACAAUAACCUGUUGGACGGUGACGGCUGCUCUAAGAAAUGCCUCAAAGAGAUGGGCUUCAACUGUAACGGUGAACCCAGUCAGUGUUAUGUUUUUGACGGGGAUGGCGUUUGUGAGGAGUUUGAGCGGGGUUCCAGCGUUCAGGACUGUGGUUACUUCACGCCGUUGGGUUACACCGACCAAUGGGCAUCCACCGCCACCGCCUCCCACCAGGACCCCCGCCACUGCCCUGCAAACGCCGCCACAGGGGAGCCAACGCUGGCCAAGCUCUGCAGGUACCAGCACCUGGAAAUGAGUGACAAACCGCCUCCUGAUGCCUGGUUCCCCUGCACAGCCCCCAUCGACACAAGCAACGACCUGGAACAUUCAUUUGGCUGA